CAAUUUUGAUAUUUAAAAAAAUUAGUUCACCUCACUUUCAUUUAAGUUCAUUUUAAUUCGGAAAAAUAAAAUGGCCUCGAAAAUAUUGAAACCUCGCAUUAUUAAAAAUUUAAAAAAUUGUUGUUAUGUAUUGAGUCAAACAUGGUCAUCAGCCCUAAAGUAUCAUGACCAGUUUAAAGGGCGAAAGCUCCAACCAAAAUGUUAUUGGACUUUACAUGGUCUGUGGCUAUGCGAUAAAGACGACCUAGACCUAAAAUUUGAAGUUGAAAAUUGGUUUGAAAACGAUGGGACAUUUGAAUAUCCAACUAAUAGACAUGUUCUAGCAGACUUACAAGCAAUUGCGCCUGAUAUACAUCCAGACACUUGGCAGAAAAUAUUACAUAAACGAAUGUACAACAAACACGGCAAGGUUAUUGUCCAGUGCAAUUCAGAACUUGGUCCCACACAGCCUACAUCAACAAUCACUACGUCAGAAGCGUAUUUUAAGAAAGCAGUAGAAUCGGCUUUUCAAUAUAAUAUUGGUAAAUACAUCAAAAGCACCUGCCUUGGAUGUAAACUCGAUUUAAACGCAGCAAGUAUUUACUUAGCGGCGUAGUAUAAGAAUGCGUGGUCGAGCUCGUUAUCGUGCAGAAUUACAGAUCUUUGGUCGUCUAUUCGAAGCUUGAUUUUUGGUAGAUUAAUUUUUGUCGUUAUACGUUUUUUUAUCCCCUACCGCAGCUUACUAAGCUAUGAAGAAAUACGCCA